AUGUCUGCUUCCGAGGUCAAUCCUUCCUCCAUGGGACUUGUCGGCACAGUGGCCUUCGCAGCAGCUGUAACACAGAGCUUUUCCUUGCUGGUGGCUAUAUAUGAGGUUGCACCAAGUCUUGGUACUGGUGGGAUGCUCUUGCCACUAUGCGUUGCAACAGUCGCUGGCGUCCUAGUAUCUGGACAGAUCUCGCCAAGCAUAUUCGAUGUAAUACUGCUACGGAAGAAUCUCCCAGGUCGUCCAGCACUGAUCAAUCAACGGAGAGGGAUGCUACCUGUAUGUGCAGUGAUGACUCCUUCUAAGGAGAUCCCUAAGAUACAGGAUGAAGCAUGGAAGCAUCCAGAGAGCAUAGAUCCAGAUACUUACCUUGACUGUCACCUCCCUAAGAUCCCUGUGCUCUUGUCAACCGAGAGUGGUCGUUCUAUACUAGUUGCAGCGGCUCCUGUUGACCAAUUAUUGGAACAUUGUGGCGAGAUGUCUUCCAAUGAGUCAGCUGAUGCAUUAUGUGAUAUGUUACCAUGGUUGGAUGUUUCCCCUAUGACGUGCUCACCAGAUGCCAGUGUAUUACAAAUCUAUGGUAGAAUGGAGUAUAACUCGGAACAGAUUUGUUUCGUAACUUUCCGAGGUGAACUUCUUGGUGCAGUGACGGCCGAAGACCUGUUGUACAGACAUCCCGUUGUACCUAUCCCUAUAUCACCUCCAUCCCAUGAUAGUGGGGACUGGAGGAUUACCAACAGGACGGAUGAGCGUCAUUUACCGACUAGUAUUGAUAAUACGCUGUAAAACGGCUUCUAUGUACUCGCUGUAUUUCUGAAACAUUAUUUCGGAAUAUAUUUU